UCCAUUGCAUAUAUAGGUCGACGAAAAGACUGUUUCCACUCUGCCAUCAAACUUUUUCGUCAACAAUCUCCUAGCAACCAUGGCACUGACGAAUGACCAGCCCUCUGCGAAGAAGAUUCUUUGCGAAAACUGUGACAGUGAAGAUGCUGCUCAAAAUCGAUGUAAUGAAUGUGGAAUGUUUCUGUGUCACUUUUGUACCGAGUCGCAUAAACGAACUCGGUCAACAAAACAUCACGAGCUGGUGAGCGUGGAGGAAUUGAAAUCCAACCCAGACCCCCAGAACAUUGCUGAGAAGAUACGAUGUCGCAAGCACAAGCAAAAAGUCAUCAAGUUGUUUUGUAAAACAUGUCAAACUACCAUUUGUAGAGAUUGCGCCAUCGUUGAUCAUCGGCAGCAUGAAUAUGGGUUUGUUGAAGAAGUCGCUGUCGAAGAAAAACGUCAUUUGCAAAGCAAUCUUAACGAAAUAAAGCAAAGAAAAGGCAGAGUGGUAGAGGCAAUCGUAAACCUGAAGAAAUUUAAUGUAAGUCUGGAGGCUAAGAAGACGUCGACAGUCUCCGAAAUCAGUCGGCACUUUGAUCAACUUGUGAAAGCCGUGGAAUCUCGGAAAAGAGAAAUGAUCGAAAAAGCGACUUCAAUCACGAAUUCUAAACAAAAACAGAUUCACGCGCAGUUAGAGGUCUUAGAAGUGGCUUUAGCAAGUUGUGAAAGCAGCAUCAAGUUUACAGAGCAAGCGUUCAAGAAUGGCAACGAUGUUCAAAUAUUGAGCAUGGAGAAGUACAUUUUGCAGUCUUUGGAGCAGGUGAAAGCAGUUAAAGAUCAAACGAAGCCUUGUGUCACUGAAGACAUGGUAUUCAUCAUUCCUUCUUCGGCGCAAGAAAAAAAGAAAGAGUUGUUGAUUGACUAUUACGUAGAUGACGCUGUCGCAAACCCUGAAAGUUGCACGGCUUCCUUUAAAGAAACUGAAGCAACAUUCAAUGCUGGAAAACAGUACUCCAUAACAUUAAUCUGUCACGACAAAAAUAACCGAAGAUUAAGAUACGGAGGUCUGGACAUCAAACCGUCGUUCACUGGAAUGGAGGUCAGUGAUGUUGCCUUUACUGAUAAUAAAGAUGGCUCCUACACUAUCAGUUUUUCUCUUCGUCAGGGGGGCAUGUUGAAGUUCGAGGUAUCCAUCAAUGGAACGCCUGCUCCAAAUUGUUCUUUGACAAAACAAGUGAAGUGGGUUAUAAGUGAUGCUCAUGGUAGAGGUGCUAUCACCAAUGGUGGACGUACAAUGAAUGGUGAUGGUGGUGGUUACUGUUGCAGUGUCGGUGGAUGUUACUUUGAUUCUGGAGUUCACACGUGGGGAGUUCGAUUGCGUCAUAAUGGAAACAGUUCCUAUUCCUGCAGUGUUGAAGUUGGAAUCAUUGACUAUGACGAAAUUAAUGCAGAUAUUGCUCAAAGCGAAAAGAAGUGUGUUCAUAAGCAUUCUGUCAAAACUGGCUUCGCUGAUAAUAUUUCCUUAACUCUAGACAUGGAAAAAAGAACAUUGAACGUCAAGAUUAGCUCGGAUUGUUAUGGAUAUAGUACUAAAAACUAUCAGUUCACUGCACGUCGUGUUUCACCUUUCUUUGCGUGCUGCUCACCUUACCUGAGUAUUAAUUUAGUGAAAUGAAAACAUAUAACUGUCGGUGAAAUUCAUUGCAUUCAGUAGUGAACGGAAAAAGCUGCAGGAAAAUUCCAACUAAAACUUAAGUUUCUUAAAUUAUCGUUUCAACUGUUGCUAAAAUAUGUGCAUUUCAGCAAUUGAAAUUUUUGUAGAAUUUUUCAGCAUUUCAGAUUUUGUAGAAUUGGAUAUUGAUAUUAUGUGUAGAAUUCGAGUUAUAAUUAAAUAGAUAUAAUUUUGGAGACAAUAUUUUCUGGCACGCUGAUUGCGUUGAAGGAAUUGCUGCAUAGAAUUAUAGAAAGAUUGUUCGGUGGUGUUCUACCUUUAUUUUGUACGCAAGUACAUUGCACAUUUCCCCGUUUCUGAACUUUCUUGCGUUUUAGAUAAACUGUGAUUGGCACUACAGAG